AUGAGUUCAAUCUGGGUUAGAGGCCCAGUAUGUGGUGUAGACAACUGCAGGUCAAGGCUUUGGAGAUCAGUUGAUGGUCGAAAAGUGUGUCAAUAUGGCCAUGUGAAAGAGGGCAUAGAAGUGGGAGAUGAUGAUGACGACUUUUUAGCAUUUGGGCGAGUAAUAUCAAGACCCAGUAGCCGGAGAAACUCCUCGGCUCAAGAGAAAGAACAUGCUUUGAUAGGAGCCGCUGCACAGGCUCUCUACUUUCAAUGCCUACAGGUUGUAUUGAGGCAGCAAGUAAAAUGGUUGAUUGAAGAAAAAGGUGUCCCUUCAGAACUGGAGGGUGUGGUGAGAUCCCUAUGGACAAUAUUGGUCAACCAAACUAAAUUUGGAGUAUCUAAUAUGAACUCCAGCAGGGCCAGUAGCGCUGCUAAAAGCGAUGCUUCUCAAGAUGAAUCUGAGAAAUACACUACCCACAACGAUGAAGAUACGGGAAAUGAUGAGGAUGAGGAUGAUUAUGAUGAUGAUGGUGAUGAGGAAAACAAUUACAGAAAUGAUAGUGAUACUGAGAGGGAAAGACGAGGGAGAAGGAAAAUCAAGACAGAAAAGUUACCUGAAAUAAAAUUCGGCCAUCUUGUGGUAAUCUGCUAUUUAGGAUGUGUGACUAUACGAAGUCCAGUUUAUUUGUACGACUUUCAAAAAUGGAUCGAAAGAUUAGAGUUCCCUUUUAUCAGAGCUUUAGCUUAUUUGCCCUUAGAGAUGUCGCAGAAGGUAGUUGGGACACAUUAUCGGGGUCUAUUAUCACCUGAGAUACCAAGGGAUGGGAAAUUACACGGUUUACUUGCCGAACUUGGUAGCUUCUAUAUUCACUCUGGAGUAACUUUUCCACCUCAGCCUGUUGAACCGUUGCUGUUCAGAAUGAUAAAAGAUUUACUGCUACCUCCAGAGAUAUAUGUUGCAAGUGAAAAGCUUGCAGAGGCCUUGGAAAUAAGUCUUUUGGUGUCCAUUUCCAAUCAUUAUUAUCCACAAUUUGAGACUGCACUAUUUGGUGUGAUAAUAAUUGCAGUGAGACUCUGCUAUGGUGUAGGUGAUGAAUGGACAAGGGUUCCCAAGUCAUAUUCCACACCAGCUUCUAAAACUAUUGAUUGGGAUCUGUGGUGUGACAUAAUGCGAAAAAUUUGGGUUGAAGAUGACGAGUUUUUUGAUGUCAACGAGUCUGAUAUCUGUUAUUGGGACCCUGAGAAAAGUGAAAGGUAUCUUAGCUGGGUUGAAAAUAGUCUGCUGAUUCUCCCACGGUUCAGAUCGGAGUACAAGCGACUACUCCAACUCUUUCCGCUUGGAAAAUAUGACAAAAGCGGAAAUCCAAUGAGCACAAAGGCUUUUGAGCCUCGACAGGGGCACCCUCGAUCUGAUCUUGCUAUUCAUGCUGGAGAGAAGGAGAUAGAAGAGCUCUACCGAAUAGUACAGUCUACCACUAGGAAUGUUGAAUGCCACUAUCCAGAGGACGUUUUAGACAAAAUCAAAGUCAAAGGCGUUUUACUUAGUCCUGGAGCCAGGUUUGAGACGUAUCGACAAAACGACAAGCUUCCUUUAUUUAUGACAAUAGUUUGUCAUGUUGGAUCCAAACUUUGCGGGGUAAGCUUUGACUCUGUUAAACGAUUGAUACAUGAUUUAGACCGAAAAUGCAAUAAACUUGACUUUUCUGCCAUGUCUGAGCAAUCCUUCUACUAA